AUGUCCGCUCGAGGCGGAACGACGCGCGCGAUCGAGGCGGGCGAACGGGAGUACGGACGGAUCGUCGCGCUGAAGGAAUCUUUUGGGUUCAUCAGAUGUGGGGCGCGACUGGAGACCCAGGGCGGGGCGCGCGGGCGAGGAGGACCGCCGAGGGAGGCGCAGGUGUUUUUUCACGCGUCAGAGUUCCACAAGGAGCUCGCGAAUCGAGAUAAGCCCGCUUUGGAUCCGGGAGACGUGGUGAAAUUCAUCGUCGGUCCGAGUCCGAAGGGAGACGGACAGAUGAACGCGUUCGACGUGCAGAAGUGUGAAGACGACGAAGUCAAGCCUCGAGUUGAACGCGAAGACACGUUUGGUUGCGUUUCGCGCACGUUACGAGGGAAAAUGAAGCGUGACGCGUACGGUGGAAGGUUAGUUUACAACGCGGACAACGGAGAUGAAGUGGGUGAAGGUUCAACGGCUGCGCCGGAGGGCGAGUCUCAGGUUGACGUAGAAGCGAUGAAGACAGAGAUCGAGUUUUCAGGCGCCGAUCUCGACGACGCGUGCCGCCUUUCGAAACUGCAUCAAGGCGUCUUGGUGAGAUUCACCCUUUCAUACGAUCCGUACUCUCGCGCGAUGCGUGCGACGAACGUUCGAGAGGCGUUCCCGCAGGCUAAAGACAAGAAGACAGAAGGCGGUGUCGGCGCUGAAAGCGACGAUUGGAAACGAGACAAACCCGUCGUUGAGGAAGAGUUCGGGGUGAUUAGCGUCAUUAAAUCUGGUUACGGCUUCAUCAAAUGUUGUUCUAGAUCGAAAGAUUUGUUCUUCCACUUUAGUGAGCUCGCCGAGGAUGCGGAUUCGGCAAAACCAGGACAGGAGGUGCGCUUUGUCGCCACUGAGGAGCCCCGCCGCGGGCAGCUUGUGGCGACGAGCGUGCGUUACGCUCCCAAGGGAAGUGCGGUGUUCGCAACUGUGGAUGAACGACCGGUUCGAGGUAUUUGCAAGACGAAACUUAUGUUUUCAAAGGGGUUUUCGUCAUCGAGAGACGGCGGAGAUCGUUCGUCCAAGCCACACGGUGUCCUCGAGCUCACCAGAAGCGGCGAAGCGAAAGAAUAUAAGUUCACUCGGGACGGGUUACUCGACGCAAGAAAUAAUCCCCGCGAGGGCGAAGUAGUGCAAUUUUGCGUGCGCACGGACAAGCGCACGCAGCAUGAAUCUGCGUGCAAGAUUGAGAUAAUGAGGUUCACCGGUAAGGUGACGUCGACGAAAUCUGAUGGCUUAUACGGCUUUGUUGAGCACGUCGAUCAGGGCACCGGUGAGGUUGGGAAAGCGUUCGUGCACGGCGCCGAAAUCGAAGGUCAAGCUAGGCUCAACGUUGGCGACGAACUGGAGUACGCUCUCCAGGCUGGGAGGAAGUCUGAUGAGUACACCGCGAAGCGCGUGAAAAUCGUCGUCGCCGCUCCAGUGGAUGCGAACGCGAUUCCGAGUCGAUCAGAGUCGCCACGCAUGAACCGGGAGAGUCAAUUCUCAGGGUCGCAGUUCAAGAUCACAAAGGGACCUGACGGAACGCGCGGUUUCGAAAUGGGGCGAGGUAAAGGUCUGGCGGAGAAGGCCGCCGCGCUCAUGUCUCAGCUGAAGAUUGACGCGUGUGUUUUCGUGCCCGUCGCCGGCGUCUCCAGCUCCGCGUCUCUCGUUGACGCGGACGCAGUGCAUAUUGAUGAAAGUGCCGUCGCGGAUGCGGCGUAG